AUGUUGGCUUCCCGAAUAACAUGCAUUGUGUUUAGUACGUUGUGUUUAUGUGGAGUGAAUUCGAUGUAUUUAAAAGGUCCGCCAAUAACCAGGUAUGAUCCAUGUGGACUUGGUAUGAUACAAUUUGAAAAAAUUAAAGAUAAAGUUUGGCAAGGUGUUCUAAAUUUGAACAUAUUUAAUACAAAUGGAAUAAAUAACAAUGGAAUCGAUAUACAAAUUAAUUUUGAAAAACGCAUGGCGCUAUUUGAGGUUACUAAAAAUUCCACGUUGACCGUUGAAAAUAACGAACGAGAUUUUAAUAUAAAAAUUCCGUCUAAUGUACCAGUACUUUAUGUAUUUUACUUAGCCGUAAUCAGUGAGGGUGUUAAUGACGUUCCGAUUGUAAAAAGAUUUCUUAUAAAUAAUCAUACCUUGUGUGACGAUACAAUCAAGAAUUCACAAAAUGUAAGCAAAUUCAACGUAACAAAAGCGAACGAUACAAAAUAUCGGCAUAUAUGUGGCAGACGAAGUUUGAACCACACAGAGCUGACGUCUGUUAGGACAAACGCCAGGUCUGGUGACUGGCCAUGGCACGUAGCAAUUGUGGUUAAAGAACUGGUCACUAACAUCGACAGAUAUCAGUGCGGUGGUAACAUUAUAUCUACAACUGCUGUAUUGACAGCUGGACACUGUGUAAGCAAAAACAGUAUCAAUGUAGAUCCUUGGAGAAUAACAAUAUUAGCUGGAAUAAGUAAUUUAACUGAUUUAAAUCAGUUGGGUCGUCAAGUGCAUAAUGCUGUACAAGUUAUACUUCAUCCGGCGUUCAGUGACAACCAAGCCACCGCUGACUUGGCCAUUAUAAAAGUUACAAGUUUCCGAUUCACAGAAUAUGUGCAACCUGUUUGCAUAUGGGGACCAGUGUAUGACAAAUCGUCGCUGUUUGGAAAGGAAGCCAUUAUUGUCGGAUUCGGUACAACGGAGGACAACAAGCUUUCUGAUACACUCAGAUCUGCUUAUACAGUAGUGCAGAAUGACUUUACAUGCAUUGCGUACUCACCUAAAUUGUAUUCCAGUCUCCUUAACGAAUUUACAUUCUGCGCAGGAUACGGACCUUAUUCUAACGUUAAUCCUCGUAAUGGCGAUAGCGGCGGUGGAUUAGUGGUAGCUACGGUGCAGUCUGAUCUCGCGAUCAGUUGGUUCCUGCGGGGUAUUGUUUCCAAAUGUGGAGUUUCACCAGGACAUACUCAGUGCGAUCCUAAAUUUUAUGUAGUAUACACAGAUGUUGCACCGCACUAUGGAUGGAUAUAUCACAACGCGGGUUUACAAUAUAGUAGCAAUAUGUUACAUUAGAUCAUAGCUACACUAAACUCAUACGAGACAUGUAUUAUUCAUUUACAGUCCCAAAUGAUAAAACAUCAUCCUUCGGG